ACCUAUAUAACAUUCAAUUAAAUAUCGUAGUCAUGAAGAAUCGUAACGACAAGAAGGCCAUGACCGCCGGUAAUGGCAAGACAGCAAUGCCUGGCUGCGAGGUAUGUUUUGUUGCCGACAAUCAGGGGAAAUACAAAUGUCCAAAUUGCCUCCUCCGCUAUUGCAGCGUUUCCUGUUAUCGAGAGCACAAGAAUGCGCCGUGUGAAAAGAAGGAGCCUGCGUCCACGGCCGCGCACGGAAGAAAGCGGGCCCGUGAAAGCACGAGGGACGACUUCUUCCCUGUCCCCUCGUCCAUUGCACGGAAGCAUCACAGCGAUUUGGCCGCAACACAGGCCGUCGACGACCAGGAAGAGGAAGAGGACGACGGGGCAUUGCUAACGGAUGACAUGCGGAAGGCGUUGAUGGGCAGUAAGUGGUUGCAGGGUGCUCUGGAAGACUCCACUUUGUGUAGUCUCUUGACGGAUAUCGACAGCGAUAGGCACCGGGCGCAGAGACUGAGCGAGGAGUUGAACAAGUAUCCUGAACUGAAAUCCUUCGUGGACCGGGUGCUGCUGGAAAUAGGUGCAUUGAAGUACGAGGAGGGUCAUCUGGUACUCACGUGAGAUGGGACGAAGGAGACGGGGCAAUGUAACAUAGCGC